AUCCGGCAAAAAUGUCGGUGUGGAGCUGAAAGGAAUCGCACAUAUGGAUCACCUCUGUCUCAUGCCCACAAGACUGUUGUGGGGAGCAGAAUAAAUUGCCUGCUCCCUCUCAGAGCUCCUGUGUUCUGUGUUGGGUGUCCUGCUCUCCUCUCUGCCGAGCGGGGCUCUCUGCGGUUGCACUAACCCACAUCCAAGAUGCAGUGCUAUGAACAGCAGUGUAAACAAGCCUGCCUGCCACCUCCCAUCUGCCAACAGAAGACUGGUGGGAAAGGCAAGUCAGGGUGCCCGCCACAAUACAAACACCAGAGUUAUCAGUCGUUCACACCAGAAUACGCACCACCGUAUCCUCCCCAGAGACAGCAGUCAAGUGCACAGCAAUACAUCCAGCCCUAUUCUUCGCAGUGGCAAACCUCGUAUGCACCUCAAAGUAUCCAGUCAGGUGCUCCACAGCAGCAACAAUCCUAUGGUGCACCACGCCUCCCAGAGUCCCAACAGUAUUUGCCAGCUCAGUACACUCAGCAGUGCCCUCAAGAGCUGUUGUUCAGCUCCUCACAGGGCAUCCAGAAGCCCUCCUCCAAAUCAGUGUCUUUUGCCUACCAGCAGCCAUGUGCGCCAAAGGGCAAAGGGCAGUCUGCUUCUAAGGGGUUUCAAGAGUAUGACACAAUCCAGCGUUCACAGGCAUGCACAGUGAAGGGAAGGCAGCCACCUGUCACCAAAGGCAGGCAACAGUAUGCAAGCCAACAAGGCAUAUCAAAGGGAGGUCCAGGACGCACAACCGAAGGUAGCCAAGCCGAUGCAAGCCAACUAGGCAUAUCAAAGGGAGGUCCAGGACGCACAACCGAAGGUAGCCAAGCCGAUGCAAGCCAACAAGGCAUAACAAAGGGAGGUCCAGGACGCACAACCAAAGGUAGCCAAGCCGAUGCAAGCCAACAAGGCAUAACAAAGGGAGGUCCAGGACGCACAACCAAAGGUAGCCAAGCCUAUGCAAGUCAGCAAGGCAUAACAGAGGGAGGUCCAGGACGCACAACCAAAGGUAGCCAAGCCUAUGCAAGUCAACAAGGCAUAACAAAGGGUGGCCUGGGAUACACAACCAAAGGUAGCCAAGCCUAUGCAAGUCAACAAGGCAUAACAAAGGGAGGUCCAGGACGCACAACCAAAGGUAGCCAAGCCUAUGCAAGUCAACAAGGCAUAUCAAAGGGAGGUCCAGGACGCACAACCGAAGGUAGCCAAGCCUAUGCAAGUCAACAAGUCAUAACAAAGGGAGGUCCAGGACGCACAACCAAAGGUAGCCAAGCCUAUGCAAGCCAACAAGGCAUAACAAAAGGGGGCCUGGGUAGCCAGCAAUAUGUGAGUCAACAGCGUGCAACAAAGGGAGACCCAGCAUAUGCAACCAAGAGCUAUCAACAGGGGCCAAGUCAGCAAUUCAACACCAAGGAUGGUCCGAUCAACUCAACUAAGGGCAGUCAGCAGUAUUCAAGAAAGGGAGGGCAAUCCUCCGAGGUGAAAAUAUCCACCAGUGGUGAAAAAUAUUGUUCCGCUGAUGACUGGCUUUGGUGAGGGAAUAGGACAUGGGGACUUUGGCAGCCAAGUAAAGUAAAUACAUCAGUAAAUUCAAGUAAAUACAUCAGGAUGCAGAUGGGAAACUGUUCUCCUAUGGUGGCUAUUUCUGAGAUGAUGAUGGUGAAGCUGAUGAUGGUGGGCACUCCUCCUUCCCAAUAUUAGAACUUGGGAUCGCUGUAUGGAAUUGCAUGGCUCAGGACAAAGAAAAAGAAAAGCUUCUUCACGUGAAAUAGCAUUUAUUUGUGGGACUUCUUCAAGUCAAGUCAAUGUCUUUGGGAAGUCACAAGGAGGACAUGAGUGCACCAGCUUGGACCUCCAUCUUCAAACCAGCAAAGCCAGCCAAAGUAAAGAGAACUGAACAGCAACCCUGAUGCACACUCUAGGCUGGGGGAAUGAGGAUCAUCAGCUUAGCAUGCUGCUAUGUAAAUGCCAAUUGAUUCGGUUGGGUUGGGAUAGUUGGGUUGUAUAACUGUCAAGCAGAGGGUAGAAUAUUACUAUGCCAAUACCAGUGGGUUGGGUUGGGUUAUAUCAGAAUGGGGUCGGAAGUAGAAGGUUGUUGAUCAGCCUUUAGAAACGACCGAUGAAACACUUUGUUUCAUUCUGUCCAGAUAUUAAUAUAGUGAAGCACACACAGGGCUGAUUUCUAUAAAGCCUGUGCAGAAGAAAUGUAGAUGUAAUUGUCUCUGCACUCCUGUUAUGACUUUGAUAUUUUUUAACUGUCCUUUUUUUUUGGAGACCAUCUUUUGUAUUACUUUGUCAACUGCUGAUGUACAGACCUGUGUUUAUUUAAUUUUAUAAAAUUCUAUGGUUUCCUUUGUCCCUUCAGUAUAUAACAUUGCUUGAGAGGAGUGUCUUGGGCUCAGCACCAAUUUUAGCUUUAUAUUAUUAUUAUUAUUAUUGUUGUUGUUGUUGUUGUUGUUUUUAUUAUUAUUAUUAUUGUUGUUGUUAUUAUUAUUAUUAUUGGUAAUUUAUGUAUGAAUUUGUUAGUUUUGCUGCACCGCUUUCCCCACCAAUUAGUCUCUGUGCAAAGCAUGCUAUUUGUUUGUUAAUUGCAACCCAAGGUGUUCUGACCAGCCCAUGGCAGCCCAGUGAUGCCUUUUCUGGAGAGCUGAGAUUGGCCAAAGUCAGGGAUGCAUUUUGAACAGAGAAAUGGACACCUCAAAUAUGAAUGGGCUUAAGUAAAUUGUAAACCAGAGGAAUUUAUGGGGAUUUGGUUUCAAGAUCAAGGUAGAUUCAAUUCUGGCAAAGCCAACCAAUGUGUGUGUGUUGUUUUUAUUGGAUACCAACAAUUGUAACUGGUGAUAUUCAAUGCAAGUCAUAUUCUUAUUAAGCUCAUUGAAUAUCACCUAAUAGUUCUUGUUGUUAGGCUGAUUGCAUCUCUUUCCAUGUCUCUUUGUAUACAACCAUUUGUAAUUGCUAUCCGAGUCAUUUGUUUGUACGAAGAUGACUCAGAAGUUCAUUGUCUUCCUUUCUUUCUUAAAUGAUGGUUAUCCCUCUUGCUUCAUCGUAUCAGGCACAUUAUUUUCUAUUUUGUACUCAUCUACUGUCUUAUGCUGAUUAAGUACUUUAAUAUAUACACUCUGAUUGUGUGUGUGUGUGUACAUACAACAAGAAACAGGACUGUAGUUCAGAGGCAUCUGCUUGGCAUGCAGGAGAUCCCAGGACCAAUCCAUGGCAUCUGCCAGUCAGUGAAAAAGAAGAAUGCAUUGAUUGUCUAUGCCUGUAGACCAUAGCAGAACAAAAUGUAAGACCAAACAUUUAAACACUUUCAUACAAGAUUUUUUUAAAAAUCACCAUUAAAAGCGAUAGAUAAAAUGUAAGGACGACCUUAAUUUAAAAAGAGCUUUCCUUGUAAAACAGAUGACCACAGCAAUAAAAUAGCAUGUGAAAAUUAUGUCAGAAUCGACAAUUCAACCUGAAUAUGUCUAGACCGCAGCCGUGCAUACAACAACUGCCUCCGAGGGGAUAUUUUGCUCUUCAUCAUUUUAUUAACUGCUUUUUCUGGAACAUUAAAAUGUCAUGUUAAACACC